UGGGCGCUGAGGUUCCGCGCGGCGCGCCAGUGGGGCCCCUCCCUACGCCCCCUGUGACUAAUCCAAUCUCCCCACAUCCUCGAGUGACCAAUUCAGCCUCCCUAGAAACCCGGGUGACGAGUCCAGCCGCGUGCCCGUGCUUCACGCUGGGGCCGGACGGGCUCUCAAAGACUUGGAGAUCCCAUAGAUGUGUGUUCGGGACCGGCCUCUACCACUUCCCAGCUGCGUUACCUGGAGCGAGUGACUUACGUUCCACUGAAUUUUCCGCGAUGUGGCAGAAUGUGGGGGGUCUACUGCGGGGGACAUGUGGACAGCUGGGCCAGACCGUUGGUUUGCCUUGUGGGGCCCUGGCGCCUGGGCCCCACUGGUGGCGGCCAUGUGGGGGUUCUUGGGCCCAAAAGAUUCAUCAGGAUGGGUCUGGGAGAGGCCUGGAUGAGGAGGACAUUCGCAGGGCACGGGAGGCCCGUCUCAAGAAGACACCCCGGCCCCAGCUGAGUGACAGUUCUCGAGAACGCAAGGUGCCUGCCUCCCGCAUCAGCCGCUUGGCCAACUUUGGGGGACUUGCUGUGGGCUUGGGGCUGGGAGCACUGGCAGAGGUGGCCAAGAAGUCCCUGCCAGGAGGACGGCUGCAGUCAGAGGGUGGCUCCCCGCUGGGCUCCAGCCCUUUCCUGUCAGAGGCCAACGCCGAGCGGAUUGUGCAGACCUUAUGUACAGUUCGGGGGGCCGCCCUCAAGGUUGGCCAGAUGCUCAGCAUCCAGGACAACAGCUUCAUCAGCCCCCAGCUGCAGCGCAUCUUUGAGCGGGUCCGCCAGAGCGCUGACUUCAUGCCCCGCUGGCAGAUGCUGAGAGUUCUCGAAGAGGAGCUUGGCAGGAACUGGCAGGCCAAGGUGGCCUCUUUGGAGGAGGUGCCCUUUGCUGCUGCCUCAAUCGGGCAGGUGCACCAGGGCAUGCUGAGGGAUGGGACGGAGGUGGCCGUGAAGAUCCAGUACCCGGGCGUUGCCCAGAGCAUCCAGAGCGAUGUCCAGAACCUGCUGGCGGUGCUCAAGCUGAGUGCAGCACUGCCUGAGGGCCUGUUUGCCGAGCAGAGCCUGCAGGCCUUGCAGCAGGAGCUGGCUUGGGAGUGUGACUACCGUCGCGAGGCAGCUUGUGCCCAGAACUUCAGACAGCUGUUGGCAGGUGACCCCUUCUUCCGGGUGCCAGCUGUGGUUAAGGAGCUGUGCACGACGCGGGUACUGGGCAUGGAACUAGCUGGAGGGGUUCCUCUGGACCAGUGCCGGGGCCUGAGCCAGGACACCCGGAACCAGAUCUGCUUCCAGCUGCUGAGGCUGUGUCUGCAGGAGCUGUUCGAGUUCAGAUUCAUGCAGACAGACCCCAACUGGGCCAACUUUCUGUAUGACGCUUCCAGCCACCAGGUGACCCUACUGGACUUUGGUGCAAGCCGGGAAUUUGGGACAGAGUUCACAGACCAUUACAUUGAGGUGGUGAAGGCUGCAGCUGAUGGAGACAGAGACCGGGUCCUGCAGGAAUCCCGGGACCUCAAAUUCCUCACAGGCUUUGAAACCAAGGCAUUCUCUGACGCCCACGUGGAGGCAGUGAUGAUCCUGGGGGAGCCCUUCGCCACCCAGGGCCCCUACGACUUUGGGGCCGGAGAUACUGCCCGCCGCAUACAGGGCCUCAUCCCAGUGCUGCUGAGACACCGCCUGCGCCCCCCUCCUGAGGAGACCUAUGCUCUGCACCGAAAGCUGGCAGGGGCUUUUCUGGCCUGCGCCCGCCUCCGCGCCCACAUUGCCUGCAGGGACCUUUUCCAAGACACCUACCACCGCUACUGGGCCAGUCGCCAGCCAGACACAGCCACUGCCAGCAGCCUCCUGACCAAAGGGGGCCUCGGGGUGGAUCCCUCAUGACAGCCUCCACGGGGAAUCCCAGCCCCAGAGCAGGCCAUCCCCUGCUAUGGUGCCUCCCAUCUCUUCCUCCUCUGUCCAGGUCUGGGGAGUCCCCUUGGGCUUUCUGGAAGUCCUGCCUAGCUCCCCUCCUUGGCCCAGGAGCUCAGGAACCCUGGAGCUAGGGAACUCCCAACUCCUCCCUACUCCAAAGUGGGCACCAGAGAACUCUAGGCCAGGGGACCAGUUAACUUAUUUCUGCCAACAUUUGAGGGAGCCCUUUGCCCCCCUGCAUGUCAUCAUGGAGAUCCAGACUCAUCUAGAGGAAGAGCCCCUCACCUCUGCCUCGGUCUCCCCUGAAAGGGGAGAGACGCUGGUUGUGGGGGCAGCCCUCACCUUUGCCUCCUUCCUUCUCGCCUCCACCAGCUGCCUUCUCCGGGAUUCCAGCCACUCAGUGUGUGGGCGGGGUAGACGUAGGGGGUUGAAUCUUCAGAAUAAAGUGGCCCUCCUCUUCC